AGGGAAGAUGACCCAAAGGCGACCUGACGUUCCUUUCCGACGGAGCUGCCAUUCCGCGGGCGGCCGCCAGGGGGUCCCCGCACGCGCCUCCGCAUGGUAGCCGCGCGCCGGGUGCCGGUGGGGGCUGCUUUGGAGCGGCGGCGUCUGCAGCUGGAGUCCCGCGCUCGCUCGCCCGCGCGCUCGUUGAGACCGCGCGCGCUGGCCCGGGAGCCCCUCGCUGGAUCCGCGAGCGUCGCCCCUCCUGCCCCGAGCUCAUCCUCUUCCUCUCGCGCCGCCUGCAGCUGCCCCGGCGCGGGGAGCCGACAGGGCCCUCGGGGCUGAAGGUAGAAACCCCACGGAAGAAACAUGAGGUUCCCCUGGAAAUCAUUCAAGAGGAAGAUGGAAGGGGCUGUCUAAAAAGAGAUUGAAAGCUGCAGACCGCAAGACUGGGGCCAGAGGGCUGGCAGUGGAAAACCCUGUUGGGUUGUGAUCUCUCAUUGAAAAGUCCCAGUUGCCUUUUUGCUUCCUGCAGGAGGAAGGAAGCGAAGGAGAAGACCAUGUCCAUAGCCUUGAAGCAGGUGUUCAACAAGGACAAGACCUUCCGACCGAAGAGGAAAUUUGAACCUGGCACGCAGAGGUUCGAACUCCACAAACGGGCUCAGGCAUCCCUCAACUCAGGCGUGGACCUGAGGGCAGCUGUGCAGCUGCCCAGCGGGGAGGACCAGAACGACUGGGUGGCGGUGCACGUGGUGGACUUCUUCAAUCGGAUCAACCUCAUCUACGGUACCAUCUGUGAGUUCUGCACUGAGCGGACCUGCCCUGUGAUGUCAGGGGGCCCCAAAUACGAGUAUCGGUGGCAGGAUGACCUCAAGUACAAGAAGCCGACUGCACUGCCAGCCCCCCAGUACAUGAACCUUCUCAUGGAUUGGAUUGAAGUCCAGAUCAACAAUGAGGACAUAUUUCCAACGUGUGUGGAAAGAGAUGACGAGCAGGAUGUGUCACUAACGCCCCAUCUUACCCUACGGAAGAAAGAGGAAAAGCUGUUUCCUCCUGGAGUCCCGGGCCAGCAGGAGGGAGACCUCCCUGGCUGAAAAGGCGCACCUACUUCCAGGAGCAGGCAAGCUGGAGACCAGCGGUGACUCCUGAGAGAUGUUCCCCGCUCACUUUGUGUGCUCUUAACCCUCUGAGUGCUGCUAGCCGUGACCUGUGGACCUGGCCAGGAGAGAAGGACGGCCCCUCACCCAUCCUGGAGGAAGGAAGCCUCUGCACUUACAUGCGUGUCGCAGUUCUGCCUGUGACCUGCCACCUAAGCUUUACUGGAAUUCAGGUUUUGAGACUGAGAUACUUAUUUGUACUUUUCCACUUACCUGUCUCGUCAGCCGGCUGCCUUUUCUGUAACGUGUUUUCUAAGUACCCAGUGAAUUUUGGAACUCUGGAUGCACAGCCAGUUUUUCUCUAACAAGCCUUCCUGUGCGGUCCCUACAGGCUCUGGCCCUGAUGCCGUGGUCUUGGCUGGGAGGUCUGAGGCCCGUCCCACAGCAUCAGUGCAAUUUCCCCCAUAAGCAGUUUUACCAGGGACCACUCCACGGGGUGGCUUGUCUUGCCCCAGAUAGGGUCUGCACACUUUCUUUGCAGGGAAGAGACUGGUCUCUAGCCUAAGGCUAACUAGUUACCAGUUCACCCUCAACAGAAUGUGUUUUUUAUAACCACACCAUUCCUUGUCUCUUCCGUUCAAGAUAUUUUUUUUUCCCUGUUUCCCUGAAGAGAGAAAUAAAAGGAAGUUACAAAUGACCAAGAAUGAUCAGCAGAUGCCCUGAGCCAAAUUAGUGCAGUGUUUGUUCAUUAUUAAAGGGUGUGGUGGCUGUCUUCACACAAUACUGAAAUUUCAGUGAAAAAAAAAAACCCAACAAAAGUACAAUGGGUAAUUUGGUGCCUGUAGCUGAAAUGCCCAGCCCAUUGAUUCGUAAUCUUCCCAGCCGGCCCUCUGAGCUUCUAGAUCCAGCCGAUGUUUUCUUCCUCUUCCUCCACGCUCUCCCUUCCUCUGCCCUAUGAUAUUAUGGCACAAAGUUAAUUUCUGCCCGGAUGAUGCUUGUGCCACAGUUGCCAAGGUAACAGUGGAGCUGGAGCCAACUUCCUUCUCCCAUCCUUCCCAGUGUUUCUAUCCCAGUAGACAGAAUCAUUCUGUGCUACAUCCUGCCUUUUGAAAGCUAAGUGACUUUUAGCUGAAGCAAUGUUGCCUUCUCUGAUUCAUUCGCAAAACUGUGGUGGUCCUGAGAGCCUAUGACUAGGGGGUGAUGAUACUUCCAGUGAGCAUUUGAAUUCGACAAAAUAGCAGUUGGUGGAGGGAUGUAGAUAAGAAUGUAUUAGGGCAUUUCAAUGUAAUACUGAUUAAAGAAUAACUCAACAACUCUGA